AUGUCAUCCACAAAGUCUCCAGCAGCAAACCCAAGCAUAACGCCUGACCCUGCUCAAGACGGUUCAACAAUCCGCAAAGCCUUCAUCCUCGAAGCAACUGCAAACCUCUUCACCAUUCCUCUAAUCACGAACACGCGAUUUACUCUCUCACUACUUCUCAGCAAUCCAUCUCGAGAUAUCAACCCGGCAUCAGUCUUGUUCGCGCGCCUUUUUGGUGGCUUGAUUGUUGGUGGACUUACAUCGGCAUUGUUCGCUGGCGCAGCCAACACCAGAAAUGGCAUUGAGUCUAGAAGGCCGACUUACUUGAUGUUGGGCAUAGGCGAAGCAUGCCUAAUUCCUAUUCUAAUGUGGGAGUUGAUACAAGGGGCACCUCGUGCGGCAAUAAGUAGGGCGGUUGCAGGGGUUAGUAUUGGAUUUCUGCUACCUCCAUUGCUAUGGAGGAUGUACGUACUGUUUGUCAGGCCGGAAUUGUUGGGAAGAUACAUAGAAGAGAGAGAGGACAAUCUUGGUGCAGACGGUAGAGGCGGAUAUGGUUCUAUCAACACGCGCGACGAUUGA